GCGUGUAGCGUUCAAAGUGUCACAGCCGUCAUACCCGGUGUUCGAAACUUUUCAAAAUAAAAACCCAUCAGAGCAUCAUCAAAAUUUGCCACGCCGUCUAAAAAUGAAUUUUUAAGAAAUAUUAGAAAAUACUUGCAGGAGUUGAAGUUGCUAUAAGUCAAUAUAAAAUCAUCACUUCGUCACACCCGAAAUUGGAUAAACCGGUAAACAAUGGACACAUCAGCCAAAGUAAAUGAGGGACUGCAGAAAAAGGAGCAUCUGGUGAAGUUGGGCAUUCUGACAUUAGCGGCAAUUUUGUCAUUCAGUACCCGGCUUUUUUCUGUACUACGCUUCGAAUCUGUCAUUCAUGAAUUCGAUCCAUACUUCAAUUACAGAACGACACGAUUCCUAACCGAAGAGGGUUUUUACAACUUCCACAAUUGGUUCGACGAUCGAGCAUGGUAUCCAUUGGGUCGUAUCAUUGGCGGGACCAUUUAUCCCGGUUUGAUGAUCACGUCGGGAGUUUUGUAUCGGCUCAUGUGGCUGGUAAACAUCACAAUUGACAUACGAAAUGUUUGCGUAUUUUUGGCUCCAUUCUUUUCGUCACUGACUACAAUUGUCACGUACCUGUUGACGAAGGAGAUCCAUAGCGUCGGUGCUGGACUGGUAGCCGCUGCUAUGAUUUCCAUCGUUCCCGGCUACAUUUCGCGAUCGGUUGCCGGUUCGUACGAUAAUGAAGGCAUUGCCAUAUUUUGUAUGCUAUUGACGUACUAUUUCUGGAUAAAAUCGGUCAAAACUGGCGCUAUAUUAUGGUCGACGAUGUCAGCAUUGGCAUACUUCUACAUGGUGUCGUCCUGGGGCGGCUACGUAUUUUUGAUCAAUUUAAUUCCAUUGCAUGUAUUGGCUCUGAUGGCCACUGGUCGAUUUUCGCAUCGCAUCUAUGUCGCAUACAGCAUUUUGUAUUGCGUUGGUACAAUACUGUCGAUGCAAAUUAGUUUCGUUGGAUUCCAGCCGGUACAGAGUUCGGAACAUAUGCUGGCUCUCGGUGUGUUCGGUUUGUGUCAAAUCCAUUCAUUUGUCGAUUACAUCAGAUCAAAGAUGUCCAAGGAAUACUUUGAUGUGCUGUUCAAGGCGCUUGUUACGGCUGUACUGUCCGUAGCCGCUUUCGUUGGUAUUGUAUUGACCAUAACAGGAAAGGUAUCCCCGUGGACGGGUCGCUUUUACUCAUUGCUGGAUCCAUCCUACGCAAAGAAUCACAUUCCAAUUAUUGCAUCCGUAUCGGAACAUCAACCGACGUCUUGGUCAUCGUUCUACUUUGAUUUGCAGAUUCUCGUGUUUUUGUUCCCAGCUGGUCUAUACUUUUGCUUUGCCAAACUCUCGGACUCCAACAUUUUCAUCAUCCUUUACGGCAUAACGAGCAUCUACUUUGCUGGUGUCAUGGUUCGUCUGAUGCUGGUACUCGCACCAGUCAUGUGCAUUCUGUCUGGUAUUACGGUUUCCCAUCUGCUGACAAAGUACAUCAAAAGCGUUGACUCAUCGGCGGAAAAGAAAGUCGAUCCGAAGAAGCUACGUAAAUUCGACCAACAAUCCGGUGGCGUGAAAAGCGAAGUUGCGCUGGCAUUCGUUGGCGUUAUAACGUUCUUAUUGAUAACAUAUACAUUCCAUUGCACCUGGGUCACAUCGGAAGCGUAUAGUUCGCCGAGUAUUGUCCUCAGCGCUCGAUCACAUGACGGUGGUCGAAUAAUUUUUGACGAUUUCCGGGAAGCCUACUAUUGGUUGAAAAUGAACACGCCUGAGGAUGCUCGCAUUAUGUCGUGGUGGGAUUAUGGCUAUCAAAUAACGGCGAUGGCCAAUCGAACCAUUUUGGUGGAUAAUAACACUUGGAACAAUACGCAUAUAUCACGUGUCGGUCAGGCGAUGGCAUCCACUGAAGAGAAAGCUUAUGAGAUUAUGCGUGAAUUGGAUGUCGAUUAUGUUCUCGUAAUAUUUGGCGGUUUGACCGGAUAUUCAUCGGAUGACAUCAACAAAUUUUUAUGGAUGGUCCGAAUUGGCGGCAGCACCGAUCGUGGUGCGCACAUAAAGGAAACGGAUUACUAUGCGCCCAGCGGUGAUUUUCGCGUUGACAAAGAAGGAUCGCCGACGCUACUGAAUUGUUUGAUGUACAAAAUGUGCUACUAUCGAUUCGGUCAGGUAUAUACGGAAGGUGGAAAACCACCCGGCUAUGAUCGAGUGCGUGCGGCUGAGAUCGGUAAUAAAGAUUUUGAAUUGGAUGUGAUUGAGGAAGCAUACACAACCGAACAUUGGCUGGUUAGAAUUUAUAAAGUUAAAGACUUGAGAAAUCGCGGCGUUUAAGUUUCUGUGAUUGAUUUUUCCUUUCACCCGUUUCUUCCUCUUUUUUUGUUUUUUGUAUAUAAAAAAUGUGAGUCUGAGAUAUUUCAUGAACAAACUAAAAUGUAACUACUACUACUACUACCACUAUGGCAUUUUACUACUACUUUUUUAUUCGUAUCAUCAUGAAUGAUGGCAUUUCUUUAAUGAAUUGGAUCCGGUGAUUAAUAUAGCAUAGCGAUCAAUUGCUUUAGUAUAAUGUCGCCCAUCAUUGAAAAAAAAACAACGAAAACUCUCUCACAACGAUGACGUUCUAUUUUUACC